AAAAUAUCUUAGAGAAAAUAAUUUUAUUAUUUCAUCAAAACGGAAUUUUUGUAGAUUUAAUCUAAAAAAAAAUAAAAAUUAAUAAAUUUUUAUUUUAAUCUUUAAAGAAUAUAAUUAAUUUUUGCAAUUUUUUUGCCAUAAUAUUGUUAAUGAAUUUAUAAUUAAUUAUAAAAUGUUCUAGUUCAACUUUGAAAAGUAUAUUUUUAAUCCAUAUAUAAUUUAAUCAGAAUUCGAAAUUUUUUAUAUUUUGUAGAAAAGGAUAACAAGUGAAAGAAAAGUAAGAUGAGUAUCAGGCAAAAUAAAUGGAAAUAUAUAAAAUAGACAUAACAUUGGGAUUUUUUGUUAUAUUCUGAAAUAUCAAUUAUGCAAAAAUCUGAAUAUUUGAUAUAUUAUCUAUAAUUUAGAAUAGUUAUAUUACAUGUAUUUCAAAAAUAUAUAUAAUACUUAUAAAACAUUCAAUUAAAAAGAUUUUAUAUAUUAUAAAAUUCAUAAAAUUUUUUAAUAAUUUAAAUGUUUUACAUUAGAAGAUAUAAUAAAAAUAAUUUAACUUUUUUCCGUUUUAUAAGAUUUCAAUACGACAAUAUUUUUUAUAAAAAUAUGUCAAUAGAAACCAAUAAACAAAAUGAGAAUGUUGAAGAAACAAAUAAAAGACAAAUUAUUGAUGAAAGUUCUGAAAUUGUAGCAAAAGCACCAAAGUUAGAUAUAGCAGAAAAGAAAAAUAAUAUUAAAAGAAAAAAGUUUGUGAUAGUAUUAGGUUAUCUUGGUAGAAAUUAUUCUGGUAUGCAAAUUAAUCGUGGUACAAAAACUAUUGAAGAAAGUUUAUUAUCUGCUUUGUUAAAAGCAGAUUUUAUUACAAAGAAUCAAUUUGAAGACUUAAGAGAAAUUAAAUUUCAAAGAGCUGCCCGUACAGAUAAAGGUGUAUCAGCAGUUAGACAAAUUGUUUCUUUACAGUUGCCUAAUCAUGUAAAUAAAGAAGACAUAAAUAAACAUCUUCCAAAGGAUAUCAAAGUAUUUGAUAUAAAGAGAGUAACAAGAAAUUUUAAUAGCAAAAAUAAAUGUGAUGCAAGAACAUAUAGAUAUGUUCUUCCUACAUUUGCUUUGGCUUCGGAAGAUCCAAGUUUCUUACAAAUGGACAAAGAAGAAGAAAUAGAUGAAGAGAAACGACUUGAAAAACUUUCUAUGAUAGAUGGAAAACCAUAUAAUGAAUUUCGAUUAACUUCAGAUAUGCUUGAUAAGUUAAAUGAAAUUUUAAAAUUAUUUGAGGGUACACAUAAUUUCCACAAUUUUACAUCAAAAAUAAGACCAAUGGAUCCAAGAGCCAAACGUUAUAUAGUUUAUUUUCGUUGUAUUGAAACAUUUAUUUCAAAUAAUAUGGAAUUUGCAGUAUUAGAAGUGCAAGGACAAAGUUUUAUGUUACAUCAAAUUAGAAAAAUGAUAUCUUUAAUAAUAGGGAUUUGUAGAAAUAUUAUAACAAUCGAUUUUGUCAAAGAUGCAUUUUCAUUAGAAAAAGUUGACAUUCCUAUUGCACCAGGUUUAGGACUGAGUUUACAUUUUGUACAUUAUACAUAUUAUAAUGAAAGAUUUGGAAAAGAUGGAUUUCAUGAAAUGUUAGAUUGGAAUGGAUGUAAUGAAGAAAUUGAAAAAUUUUAUAAAGAAUAUAUUUUAAAAUAUAUAGUAGAUACAGAAAUAUCAGAUAAAAUAAUAUUAUAUUGGUUGGCAUCAUUUCUGACACCAAAAAGAUUUGCAUUUAAAGAACUAUAACUAUAGCAUAAUGUAAUAUAUAUAUAUAUAUAUGUAUAUAUAUAUAUAUUAUCAUAUAUAUUAAGAUCAUUGUAUUUCUUUAUUAAAAAUAUAUUAAAUAUAUUUAUUAAUAAGUACCUUAAUUUAUACAAUUA